CGGAAGUCGUGUAUAGCCGGGGCGGAACGUGCCGGGACUAGACGAGCGUGACGUGCUGGGCCGAGACGGAAGGACAGACUGACGGGAUUAUGAAGCCAGCUGUGGACGAGAUGUUCCCUGAGGGCGCCGGGCCCUACGUGGACCUGGACGAGGCGGGAGGCAGCACCGGCCUUCUGAUGGACUUGGCAGCCAACGAGAAGGCCGUCCAUGCAGACUUCUUUAACGAUUUCGAAGAUCUUUUUGAUGAUGAUGAUAUCCAGUGAAAUGAUUUCCAGCUAUGGAAACCCAAGAUGUUAAUUCUUUGUUUUGUAGCAAUAGUGUGAAUACUCUUUUAUUUAAUCAAAAGAAGGUAUAUGAUCUCUAAAGAGCUUCUGGAAAUCACUCAAAGUUGGGACGUGGUCACCAAGACAGGAAAUUAAUUAUGAAAAAAUGUUAACCAUUAAAAAGCUACUGGUAGAUAUCUUUUAAUAUCAACUGUUUUCCUUGUUUGAAUAAAUAUGAAAAGGUUUUUAUAUGCAUGUAGUUGUAUUUUUCCACAUUCGAAUGAUGUCAGUUUGAUGCAUAAUUUUGAAAAAUGAAUUGCUUAUGUUUUGGAAUGCUAAUUCAAAGUUGUCAGCCUAUCAAAUGAAUAAUAAGAUUUUUCUUAUUUUGCCUCA